AUGUCCAAUCCACCUCAGUACGGACCUACCGCCCUACCUCAAGGUGCAAACGACGGCGGUGACGGGUCCUCCCUUGACAAGGCUACAUGGGUUGCUGGCAGCGACAAGAACGCCAGGAGCUUCAUUAUACUCCAAGGCAAAGACUAUGUACGCUGCAACAUGGGCGAUGCUCUCCAGUUCUAUGACUCGGGCUACCGUGUAUUCGACCCACCUACUGGUCGCCGAGUCAAGUUCCAGUACAACCAACCUGGUCGUCCCAAGUUCGGCGCUUUUGCUCACCAGUACUGGGAAAUCCAGAUGGAGGAACAUGCUUCUCUUGUGAGGGGUGAUCGCUUGCCUGGAGAGGAUCUGGGUGAAGAUGCCGAAGAGGAGUAUGAGUUCGCAGGAGAUGCUGUCUUCGACCGUGCCGAACAGCCUCCUUCGACUCCCUCGAGGAGUAAGUAG